GGAGGAUGGGGCUGUUACUUCUAAAUUCUCGCGAGAAAUUAGCGAGUGGAUCGUCGAGUUCGCGAGCGAACCGUCAUUCCCCGAGACAUGGCGAGAAGAGGCUUCUGCGUGAAGAUUGAACUCGACCUGCACGCCAUCACUUGUCCCGGCGUCUGGCUGUGUCCCAAUGGAAAAGUGGCGCUGCAGAUUAACACCCUGGACUCCUUCAUCGAAUCGCAUCGGAUCUCGCCUGUCUUUCCGUUACUGUUCCACGACCGGUUCACGUUUAAGAAGGUCUUCGCGAAUGUCGCCUCUCUGGCGGAAUUGCAGCGCAGUUUGGAAGAGGAGUUCCUGUACGCCGAGCUGAUCCAGUGGUCGGCACCGACGAGCCACGCCGUGAUCCUGGCGACUUUCGAGACCAACCUGGGCGACGUCCUGUAUCCGGCACCUUGCUUCAAAGGCUUGUUGGCAGGAGUAGACGUGGACCUCUUAAUGGAACCGACCAAAUACUUCCCGGGCAUCCUGGCUCCGAAAAUUGAGGUGUCUACGCGUACUGUCAUUGAAGAAGUCGUAGGAGUAUCCGACAUUGGCAUAACUGGAUCACGCAUCGUCAAUCCGAAAGUCAUAAAUUCUAAGAAUUCGUGCAGCUUGCAGAGAAAGCGACCCGCGAAAGGGAUCAUCAGGCAGCGGAAAGUUUGCCACAGUCAAGGGAAGAGCAAAUCCCAGGUCAGCCGACCUUGCCGGCAGAGAGCCGUUUCCUUGGAAGUCGAUCAAUCCUGUUCACCUUACGCAUCUUAUACGGCGAAUCACCAAGCUCAAACCGAGCCCGAGAGGUGUUAUCACGUUGCGAGGCAAAGAUCGAAAUGCACUUGUCCACCUCCUUCGCCCCAGAGAACAUCGGAACACUCCGGGAUUUGCCGAACCGCUCACGCCUUUGACGAGUGUCUGGUUUGCUCGAAGUAUAAACAUUAUUUCUCCGGGGCGUGCGGGGAGCGAAACGACGUUGACAAGUGCAAAGGCAAUUUCUCCAGGUCUGGUGGAUGUGCGAUCGUUAAUCGGAACUCGAUUUCGGAAAAGGACUCCGGUAUAUGUCCUCAUCGACCGAACAGCGCCCCGAGUCCUCGAGAGGAUUCUUCCUUGUCCAUCAUGAAAGCAAAGAUGAGACAACUGCAGCGAACUAAGGCUAGACUGGCUUAUCUGAGUAGACACAGCUGCGAAGGGGAUUUUGAUUACGAUCUCUACUGUGGCCAUAGCCAAGAUCAAGGCAGUAGACAAGGGUUCUAUAAAAAUUUAGAGAAAUUUUAUAAGAGGAUGUACAAACAGGCGAAGCUACGCGCGGAGGAAAUCGACUACACGACUUGAGCUGUGAUGAUAUUUAUCGAUCAAAUAGGGUGAUUCAUUUGUCUGGUAUUCUUUUUUGUCUCCGCUGAAGAUCAGACUGGGAAGAAAACUUCGGUUUGUAUUUUGACGGUCUCCUGCAUGUCAUCUGUGAAUGAUAAUUUGUAUCUUCUUUACGCUUGGACGGCGGAAGAGUAUCGCAAUCGUUAAAUGUACUUAAAAAUAUUGACACUGUAUGACGUUUAACCUCAAAGGAAUUAAUUAUUGUACGUUAAUAUUCGCGAGAUAACAUUUUCCUUUCUGGUAAAAUAUCUGGAGUUCACGGCAAUGUUAAUAAACCAACUGAUCGAAGUCAUAGAAUUGUAUAAACCUUUUUCGCAAGGCAGUAAAUUAUUUACGUACGAAAUGAGCUCUCGAGGCACCUCAAA